AUGGCUUCUGCUCUCAAUAGCAAAAUGCACCCGCCUGGGACUUGCUCGGGCUCCAAAGCCGAUGUCCGCGGGGGUGCCGGCUGGAAGAUGGACUGCGAUCCGCGGAUGCACGUGAAAAUGUGCAAGAAGAUCGCCCAGCUCACCAAGGUGAUCUACACCCUGAACACCCGCCAGGAUGAGGCUGAGGCCAGCAUGGAGGCGCUGCGGGAGGCCCACCAGGAGGAGCUCCAGAAUGCAGUGGCAGAGACCAAAGCCAGCCUCCUGCAGGAGCAGAGCCGAACAGAGGAAGACGCCCUUUUGCAGCGCAUUCAGACCCUGGAAAGCGCCCUGGAGCUGCAGAAGAAGCUAACGCAGGAGGCUCUGGCCGAGUCAGCCACCUGCAGGCUGGAGACCAGAGAGAGAGAGCUGAGGGUGGAGGCGGAGCACGCCGAGCAAGUCCUGACCAUGUCCAAGGAGAUGCUGGAGCUCAAGGCUGACUAUGAGAAGAGGCUUCGGCACCUGAUGAGCCAUGAGGCACCCCAGUUGGGCAGGCCUCCCCAGGAGAGCCCAGACACCAAGGUAGAGCCAGGCCAGGGCCGUGGCCCUGAGAUGCAGGAGGUAUUGCAGGAGGUGGAGCGGCUGCGUGUGGAGAACCAGCAGCUGAGCAAGGACUACGCCCGCAAGGCCGAGGAGCUGCAGGCCACAUACGAGCGGGAGAACGAGGCCAUCCAGCAGGCCAUGCAGCAGUCGGUGAGCGAGGCCCUGUGGCAGUGGCAGGAGAAGGAGAUGGACCUCCGCAAGAACUUCCAGGUACAGGAGUCAGCCCUGCAGGCCCAGGUCAGGAAGCUGGAAGGGGAUCUGGAGCACAGGGGCCGAAAGAUAAGUGACCUAAAGAAGUACGCCCAGAAGCUGAAGGAAAGGAUCCAGGACCUGGAUGUGCAGCUCAGGGAGGCUCGCCAGGAGAACUCAGAGUUGAAAAGCACGGCCAAAAAGCUUGGGGAGAAGCUCGCUGUUGCCAAGGACAGACUGAUGCUGCAGGAAUGUCACAUGUCACAGAAAACUGAUGACACAAAGACUGAACUAGUUUCAGAGAAUGAAGUCGUGGGAGAAGUGAAUGAUUUAGAAGCCUGCAGUCUUCAUCCUCAGCAGGACCAGAGCUUUCCCAAGGAACAUCCAGGCAUGAAAGGAAGCACAGAUACACAGACCAAGAAAGAUGCAAGUGUUGAGACGGAGUAUAUGAAGCAGAAAUAUGAAGAAGACCUUCGUAAAAUCAAACAUCAGACAGAAGAAGAGAAGAAACAUCUCAGAGACCAGAUAGUGAAGCGAAUGGAAGACUUGGUGAAAAAGCACACGGUAGAAAUCAAAUCAGUUCGCUCAUCGGUGGAAGCAGAAAGGAAGAAGCUGCAGAAGGAAGUAGAAGCACAGUUGGAAGAAAUGAAGAAGAAAUCAGAAAAUGAAAUAAAGCAGCUGGAAGAAGAGAAAUCAGCCCUAAAUGUGAAGCUGCAGAAUUCUCUGCUGGAGGUUUUAAGACUGGAAGAAUUCAUCCAACAAAAUAAGGUUCGUCUCCAAAAAGCUGAGGAAAGGCCCCAGGAAUUAGACUGCCAAUACCACAGCAUUUUAGAGACCCAGCCUGCCUGGCAAGGAAAGGGGGCCCUGGACCAGCUCAGGGCCUUUGAUUCUGCCCAGCACAAGCUGCGGAUCAAAGUGCCCCACCCAGAAGGAGCUGACCUGCAAACUCCACUGGGCUCUUUGCUGAAGGAGAAGGCAUCUGAAAUCCAGCGUCUCCAGGAGGAGUGGCAAAGCCAGAAGGCCAGAUUGCAAGCCCAGAUCUUGCAGAUGCAGCAGGCUCUGGAGCAGUGUGCCAGCACCUACCGGGAGGACCUGCAGGACCUCAAGCAGCUCUCCGACCACGAAAGGGAGACACUGCAGCAGGAGCUCCAGAAGAGCGUUCAGCAGAACCAGGCCAUGAAAGCCCAGCUUGAGGCUUCCCACCAGCGAGCCCUAAGAGUGCUUGAGAAGGCCAAAAAUCAGGAACUCAAGGCCACAGAGGAGCGCUUGAAGAAGGAAUCCAGCCACAGCCUCCAGAUCCAGCACCAGACACACCGACUGGAGCUGCAGGCCUUGGAGGAAAAGGCAAGGCAAGAGCUCCAGGAGGAGCGCGAGAGGAUGCAGGCCCAGCAGGCUCUGCUGCUAGACUCCCUCAGGCAGGAACUGUCAGAGCAGCGGACUGCCUGCUCCGAGCACCAGAAGGACUUGGUGGCACUACAGGCCCAGCUGAGGGCUCUGGGCAGUUCCGGCCAACAGCAGACCAGCCCCUGGCCCCCAGGGGACAGCAAGGACCAAGCCCUCACAGAAGAGGAGCAGGGCGGCCCAGGCUCUCCGACGGGCUCUGCUGAGCAGGGGCCGAGUGAGGGGUGUGGGCUGCGGGAGGAGAACUCGCAGCUCAAGGACGCGGUGCGGCGGCUGCAGGCCGAGGUGGAACAGCACCGGCAGGAGGCGCUGCAGCUCCGCGACCAGCGCAGGUUGCUGGAGAAGGAUCAGCAAGCCCAGCAGGCUCGGGAGGUGGAGGCGCUACGCCAGGAACACCACAAGGAGAUGCAAACCAUGGUAGCCGACUUCAGCAGCACCCAGACCAGGCUCCAGGCCCAGCUGGCUGCCCUGGAGACUGAACUCAAGGAAUCCGGAGAGAAGCCGGGGAAGGGAGAGUCCAGGCCUGAGGACCUUCAGCUCAUAGGCCGCCUGCAGACCCGCCUAAAGGAGAGAGAGGACAUCAUCAAGCAGCUCACGGAGGAGAGACGAUUCCACUAUGCAGCAUUCCCCAGCGCAGUGUCCCAUCGGAAUCGGUCCUUCUCCUUCCAUCCUCAUCCGGGGUAUUUGACCCCUUCCAUGAAGAAGAAGAAGAUGGAGGAAGUGCCCAGCCGCGUGGUCAGUGUGCCAAACCUCGCCUCCUACGCAAAGAACUUUCUGAGUGGCGAUUUGAGCUCCAGGAUCAACGCCCCUCCAAUAACCAAGUCACCCAGCCUGGACCCGAGCCCCGGCUGUGGCCAGCCUUACAAGCCCACCCAGUCUCUAGAUGCUAAAACUGCCUCAAGGACACAAGGUGAAACAGUCCAGCCCAAAGAAGCCCAGCAGAAACAAGGCUCUGUCCAUCAGGAAUGGUUUACCAAGUACUUUUCUUUCUAAAUGGAUCCUUGGGAUGCAUCACAAAGAGGAUAUUUGAAACACGUUCCUUUUUAAAAUGUCUGACUGAGGGAAUGAAGUGAAAAACCAACGAACCAAGUAACUUGCUUGUAACAUCAUUUAUAUAUGUGUGAUAGCUGAAACAAAUUUUGGCAUUCACAUUUCAUACUAUUUCAUUGUGGCACCACAUCAUUUAAAAAAAAAAAAAAUUCCUUACGAUUCAGUAAGCCAGUAUUAUCAACAAGCACCCAUUUAGAAAAUGUUACUGAUGACCUACAUGUUGUAUUUCUAGUGUCCAUGAAACCAUAGGCUACUUUGCAGCUGAUCAGAUUUGUGAUUUCCAUGUUCUACUUUAAAAGUGCUCUCAUUUUUCCUAAGGAUGCUAGUCACCACCAUUGAAAAGUUAUUCCAGUGUAAAAUGAUGCAAUUAAAAAGAUGCACAUCCAACCUCAGUAGGAAGAGGAAUAAGACAAAGUGCAAAAUAACCAGGAAAACCAAUACAGAACUACUUGGCAUGGACUAUAACAGACUCUUGGCAUGCUUGGAUGGAAUAGCUUGACUUCUAGGGUCCACCACAGGCAGUAGAUUACAGAAGGGAUAACACCUACCUCAUGCAGGCUUUGUGAGGAUUCAGCAGAUAAUGUGUAAA